ACUUAGUGAAAAAAGUAUGUCUUUAUAGUGAGAACACCGUGCUUUUCCAUUCUGCGUCAAAUCGAUAGAUUCUGAAAAAUACCCCUUUCGAUAUCGAAGUUCUAAUGGCUCGAUAGGUCCUCAACACUUACCUAUCGAUGACAGUAGCACAAGUUGUGCGGAAAACGGGAAACUAAGGGAAAAGCGUGGAAAACCCUUGAGAACAGAGCAUGUCGAAAGCAGGCGAAGAUCAGCCCGCAGCAGAGGGUGCGGUGAUUGCGGGCAAUGGUAACGCUGAGCUGGCCCAAAAUGAAGGCCAGAAUGAGCAACAACAACCCCCGCCGAAUCAGCCCACCCGCAUGGAGUCCUUCUUUGCGAUGACCAAGUCCCUCAUCCUGCGUGCCCUGAUCAUCUACUUUGUGAGCUCCUUUUUCCGACGACCUGCGCCCGAUGCCGCCAGUCAAGGCAAAAGUGUCGCUAAUGCGGGUCCCAAGAUCACGGCCUGGAAUUACUUCGAGAACGGCACGGACUUUGACCUGCACGUGUGGUUGUCGGAGAAUCCCGAUGUGGUUAACUUCCAGCAAAAGGCGAAUCUCCUCUGGCUACAGAAGGACCUCACCUAUGGCGAUUGGACGUCGGGCGUCAACGGAGAUGGCAUUUACACGCACAGUUUGAAGCUUAAGACCAGCCAGCAUCUGAUGAACAAUGGCAGUGUGUACCUACAUGCCUUUGUCACGCGUACCGGCAUGAGUCCCGAUCCCAAAGCCCCGAAUUACGCCACCAAAAUGGGCCACCAGCAACAUCAGCUGAACAAGUUCAAGAAGUUGCGUGUGAACCGCAACUACAACUUGCUGGCCAGCGAGAAGGAGAAGUUGGAGCACGAGCUCAAGCAUGCGAAUCUCAAGGAUACCAUCGUGUCUCACUGGCAUCCUAAUCUCACGGUCAAUCUCGUAGUGGACCAAACUAACUGGGCCGAGGGAUCUGUGCCGCCGCCACUGGAUGACUACGUAAAGUUCGUAGACGGCGGUAAGACCUAUCUGCCCAUCCUGUUCGUCAACGACUACUGGAAUCUUCAGCGGGAGUAUCAACCCAUUAAUGAGACCACUCCCGAACUGGAGCUGCACCUCACUUUCCAGCCGCUGGGCAUGUUCAAGUGGCAGCUGUAUGCCGCCAAACAGAUGAAGAACAAGUGGGCUGGCAAUAUGCUCGGUGAGCUGAUGGCCGCCAGCCAGCCGGAGGAGAGUGACGAGGAUCAGGACUCGCUGAAGGAGACUCUGCUGGACACCAAUAUCUACCUGCUGGGCAUCACAGUGGCCGUUUCCAUACUGCAUUCGGUGUUCGAACUGCUGGCCUUCAAGAACGACAUUCAGUUCUGGAACAAUCGCAAGUCGCUCGAAGGACUGUCUGUACGAUCGGUGUUCUUCGGUGUCUUCCAGUCACUAAUCAUCCUGCUGUACGUGCUGGACAACGAGACCAACUUCAUGAUUCGCAUCUCCUGUUUCGUGGGACUGGGAAUCGAGGUGUGGAAGAUUCACAAGGUCGUGGAUAUCAACUACGAUCACGAUCAAAAGAUUCUGGGAGUGCUGCCGAGAAUCAGUUUCCAGGACAAGGGCUCCUAUUCGGAGAGCUCGACCAAAGACUAUGACAAACUGGCCUUCAAGUACCUGGGCUGGGCAUGCUUCCCGCUCCUGGUGGCCUACUUUGUCUACUCGUUGAUCUACAACGAGCACAAGGGCUGGUACUCAUUUGUGCUCAACAUGCUGUACGGCUAUCUGCUGACCUUUGGCUUCAUCCUGAUGACGCCGCAGCUAUUCAUCAACUACAAGCUAAAGUCGGUGGCCCACAUGCCGUGGCGCAUGAUGACCUACAAGUUCCUCAACACCUUUAUCGAUGACAUCUUUGCGUUUGUGAUCAAAAUGCCCACAAUGUACCGGUUGGGUUGCUUCCGCGACGACAUCAUCUUCUUUGUGUUCCUCUACCAGCGCUGGCAGUAUCGCGUCGAUUUGAAGCGCGUGAAUGAGUUCGGCUUCUCCGGGGAGAUGGAGCAGCAGCAUGCCGCCCAGAAGCUGGAGGGCAAGACAGCCAAUGGAGCCAUCGAAGGUCCCCAGGCUGCGCCAGCGAUCAAAAAGACAGCUGCACAAAAGAAGCAGGAUUAGAAGGAGUGCAGAGCUGUGACCACAGUAUGCAUUAGCAUUAGAAGACGCAAUACCAUAUACUCCACUCCCCCAAUAUGUAUGUAAUCACUAUCCAGUAUACAUAGUCAAGUAAUCCCGAUAGAAUCAUUCUUAGGGCUAAUUGUAUGUACGUAUGUUUGUGUUUUUGUUUUCCCCUGCCCUCCGCGCUUCUCGCAGCGUUGGAAGAUCUAAUAAAUUAAGCGUGAGAUGAUCCAU